AGAUAAACAAAAUGGUAGACACACUGGAAAUAAGAAUGUGGCGAAUUUCAAUCUAAUUAUGACAAUUUAAUUGUCAACAGGGCCCACAUGACCCGUAAACAUCAAAACUAAUGAUGGAUGAAAGUAUAGAUGAGGUUGUGAUCCCAGUUAACCCGGUCACAACUGAAACAGUAGUCGGUAAAACAAGAAGAUUUUCAUCACUACAUACAAUGGAAAUACUGUUUCUGACAGUGUCCAUUCUCAACCUGUUGGCAACUGUAGGUCUCACUGUAUACAGACUAUAUGUUGUCAUUAGCAGCGAUCCUAAAAGUGCAGACUUUACAUUUUGUAUACUUCUGCUUGUUAAUGCAGCAUUCUGUGUAUUUUAUGUUAUUCAUGGUUUGGUGCGAGAGCGAAUCUAUGAGCUAUAUGCCCUCAUAGCAGCAUUGGUUGCAGUUGUUAUAUAUUGUGUGGUAGAAUACAGCGUCAAUGCAGAGGGGAGAACUACAGUGAAACUUAUUCGUUUGAUAGCAGCAUGUGUGUUGGUACCACUAAACAUAGGGUUAGCCGUGGCAGUUGCGAGGGAAUUUGGUUUUCUAGAGUUUAGAAUUGUGGGAGCAUCAGCUGCCUUUCAGUAUAUGUACAGACAGGCAGCAUUGUUUUCUUGCCUCUUAAAGUUUGAUCUAAAUGUUAAUUUUAGUUUUAUUGUACUGGCAUUACAAGAUGGGACAAAUCUGUCUGUGUUAGAAGUAGUCACCCUCGCUACAGGGUUACCAUAUUCUCUACUGUGGGUUAUUAUGGGAUGGGUUGCUAUGCGUAAAGAGUUGCAGUGGUUGAUAUGGGUAUUCGCUGUACUGUCAAUUCUAACUCCUGCCUAUGUCAUUUAUAAGAUAGUAUUUAUCUACAAUCAAGAUUUCACUGCAAUCCAAUCAAAUUUGAAAGUCAUUGAAUUUGCAUCAUUGGCUGUUGGGGCCCUGAGUUUGAUAGUUCGCUUUGUACUGUUGUGUGAACUAGUCGUAGUCUAUAGAAACUUUGGAAAGGGUCUAAAACAGAGAGCCUUUGGAGAUGAUUCAUCAGAGAGCACAGGUCUGCUGGCUGGACUGAAGAAGGAACGGAGUUACAAUACAUAAAGAUAAUCACACUAGAUUGGAUACUGAUCAAUAUUGUAUUAAUAAGUACCAGUAGCUUCAUGUAGUCUUCAGACACCAAGGAUCUUUAGAGUGGCUCAUAAUGUAAACUUCAAGUACUCGUACAGUUCAUUAGAUGAGUUAAGGGUUUGCCUGGUUGAACUUGGAUACAACAUCUUCAUUGUGACAUAAUACAGUCUCGGCAAACAAUUUUAAAGUUAAAUCAUAUCUAUUUUAUAAAAGAGAGCCACCUUUGUUCAAAAAAUCAUUGAAAAUCAUCAAACAGAGAAUUUCAUUGUCCAUAAGCUUUGACGAAGAGGUGUUAAAUCCUAUAUAUUAAAUUACUUUAUUCACCAUUUAUACAGGGUAGCACAAA